GUUUCUUCUGUGCGCGUGCGCAUAAAAAGUUAUUCCCUGUUUUCCGAGCGGACCGAAAUGUGCGUUAUGUGAACGAAGCAAACGAAGCAUGUUUACGACGUCGGAGCUGGUUGUCCUGCUGGCCGUCCUGUCCGCCACGGCGUCCGGCUACUUCGUUAGCAUCGACGCCCAAGCCGACGAGUGCUUCUACGAGAAGGUCAACUCCGGCACCAAGAUGGGCCUCAUGUUCGAGGUUGCCGAGGGGGGCUUCUUGGAUAUCGACGUGGAGAUAACCGGCCCCGACGGCAAGCAGAUCUACAAGGGCGACCGGGAGUCGAGCGGCAAGUACUCUGUGGCGGCGCACAUGGACGGCACCUACAAGUUCUGCUUCAGCAACAAGAUGUCCACCAUGACGCCCAAGAUCGUCAUGUUCACCAUCGACAUCGGCGAGGCGCCCAAAGGCCAGGACAUGGAGACGGAAGGCGGCGGCACUUGGGAUGCGCACCAAAACAAGCUGGAGGAGAUGAUCAACGAGCUGGCCGUGGCCAUGACGGCCGUCAAGCACGAGCAGGAGUACAUGGAAGUCCGCGAGAGGAUACACAGAGCCAUCAACGACAACACGAACAGCCGAGUGGUGCUGUGGUCCUUCUUCGAGGCCCUGGUCCUGGUGGCCAUGACGCUCGGACAGAUUUACUACCUGAAGAGGUUUUUCGAAGUGCGGCGGGUGGUGUAGCGGAACGGCAGCGGCGACGCGAACCCUCGUCCUCCUCGAGACAAUUCUUUCCACUCUGCGAAGCGGACUGGCGGUUUUCACCACUUUUGAUUUCUUUACGUUCUUCAAAACGGCCGCAAGAUUAUGUAAAGUGGAUGUUUUUGUUUUUCUCCCCCCUAUGUGGUUUCAUUCAUUUGCUCAUACUGCUUUUCGGACCAACUGAGCAUUUUAAAUCCGAUGCGAGGUUCUGGAAUUUAAAGUUUUGUCACUUUCGGGGUUGGUGUAUGGUGGUUUGAUCUCAAACAGCGGCCGCUUUAAGGGGGUUAAAAAAGGGCAAACGAUUCCGUUUAAAUUGGUAAAUUUUCUAGCAAAUAGUUGAAUGGGGGGGGGGGUGGAAUGUGUGUGGGGGGGGCUGAUCUACCGACUGCUGUGUGCUUUUUGUGGCUGCUUAUUUUGUUGGUGGGAUUUUAAAUUAUCUGAUUGUACAACAGUUUGGACUUGUUUUGGAACACUUUCACUGGGACGCAACAUUCGGAUUUCACCUUUUGUUGUUGCGCGCGAUUCAACAUCCUUUUUUUUUUUUUUUCUCUUCUUCUUUCCGCUCUUUUGCUAAACGUCCAAAGCCGCCGUCGGUGUCUUCACUUUGGCGGCUGUGCCCCGUGCGUCGAGUCUCAACUGAAGUGCUCCAAGGUUUUUGUAUUCCCCCAAAAAAUCUACUUUGGUGUUGGCUCAGGCAGGAAAAGUCCUCUGCACUCAGUCUCUCGUUUUCAGACUCUGACACACUGAUGCAUCCAUCUGUACAAAUGUAGAACGGUUGUUGAAAACAAGCCCCAGGUUUCAUAAUAAAGAAAUUCUAUACAAUGA